CAAUUUUCAAAUUUUCUUCUCGUAAAGAGCACUUUUUAAUAAUUUAUAAUUACAUUUAUCACUUUUAACAAUAUGGAAUUCCUCGUAAAAGAUGUUCUCGUAUUGAUUUUUACUGAAUUACUUGGUGAUCUUGAUUCUUUGCAUUCAUGUAGUUUAGUAAAUAAAACCUGGUGUGAAUUAGCUAUGCCUUUGCUAUGGAAAAAUAGUUACCAAUGUCCUUACAAAUACAAAAAAGAAUCACGUGAAAAAUACUAUAACGUUAUCGCCCACUUUUUACCAAACAAUCCGGAAGAUCCUUUGCCACAAAAUAAGAUUGUAUUACCUUUAAAUAAAUUUCCAAAAGGACCAAUGCUCGAAUACAUGAAUUAUAUCGCCCUUUUCACGCCAGCAUGUAUUGAAGAUAUGGUAAAAUUAACAAUAAAUGAUGAAGUCGAGGAUUCUAAAUACAAAAAAAAAAUAUUGGAGCGUGAACUUUACAAAUUAAGUUUUACUAAAUGUAGGAAUGUAAAGGAUUUCCAUUGGUGUACCAAGGAGAAAUUAACUUUAUUUCCAAAUGCCAAAAGAAUUUUUUCAAACUUACAUUCCCUUAAAAUUCAUCAUGAAAAAUUUAUUAAUUCAAAUACUUCAUUAACUGAACUUGGCAAGAUUUGCCAAGACUUAAGAGACUUGGAUGUACGCGAUUGUCAAAAGGAUACUCUAGACUUAGCCUUAUUCAUUAAAAUACAAAAAAAUCUGCAAUCAUUAUGUCUAGCUUUUGAUGAGGAAGAAGGGCAAUACAAUUUACUAAGCGAUGUGAUUAAAGAAAAGGCUGUGACAUUAAAAAAAAUUUCAAUACGAUUCAAUGUUACAUUAAUUUCACCUAUAGUUAUUCCGUCAUUAGAAAAUAUACAACAUUUAGUUCUUAAUAAUAUAUGUGGUGAAUCAUAUAGAAGUGCAAAGUGGGAUGAAUGGGAACACAACUUAAGCACGGCCUCUUUUCCGAACCUACAAUACCUUGAAACAUUAUAUUUGCCAAUUAGUAUUAUACGUUUAAUAAUUGAAAAGUCUGGUAAAGACAUUUCAGAAAUUAAUAUAUGUUUAUGUCCACCUGGAUCUAGAGAUUAUAAAACUGAUAAUAAACAAUUAAUUAAGGCGAUAUCAAUAUAUUGCCCAAAGUUAAAAUUUUUAGCUAUGGAUAUUGACAACAGAAACUUAGGUGAAAUGUUCAAGAUCUUUUUAAAUUGCACACAAUUAGAAAAAGUAACUUUUUCAACAAAUGCUAAUAGUAAUAUACCAUCCGAUGGGGAUGAAUUAUUAAAAGUAAUGAAUCAAACGGUACCUACAACUUUACAUGAAAUCACGUUUAGAGAAGAUUGGAUUUUUUCAUUGGAAGAAUUAGAAUUAUUUAUUGAAGAUUGGAAAUCUAAAAUUAGUUCACCAAUUAAAUUUACCCUUGUUUUUGAUGAAUCGUUAUGGACGGAUGAUCAUGCUUGGAUGGCAGAAAGGUAUAUGGAAGAGUUACAAUUUGUUUUUAUUUAGAGGAAAUAUUAUUAAAAUGGUGUAAAAAAGAUUAUUCUUGAAGAUUUGAGAUAUAUCCUACUUUGCAGAAACUUUUCAAAUCGAAACCAAAUCGUGACUGAUUUGCAUAUUUAUCGUAAAGUGAUUCGUCUAUGCAGUAACAUGAUCGUCAUCUGGUUUGCAUCGGACC